AUGGCAUCCUCUCUGGCAGAGUUCUUGUCAGCGUAUCCUACGGCGGGUGGACAAUAUCAUUGGGUCGCAGUUGCUCCGGAAAAAUACAUGCCUGUACUUUCGUGGAUUACAGGAUGGGCAAACGUGUCUGGCUGGGUGGCUCUGGCUGCCACUGGUGGAUCUCUAGGCAGUCAACUGGUCUUGGGUGUGAUUUCCUUGAUGCAUCCGACAUAUGAGUCGAAAAGAUGGCAUCAAUUUCUCAUCUACAUCGCAUUCUGCCUUGUUGCAUUCCUGAUUAAUGCAUUCUUGAACUCUAUCCUUCCACGGUUGACCAAGGGUGCCUUUAUCUGGUCACUAACCGGCUUCGCUGUUAUUUGCAUUACUGUGCUAUCAUGCUCAUCGCCCAACUACAACUCUGGAGAAUUCGUCUUUGGCGACUUUAUCAACGAGACAGGCUGGCCCGAUGGUCUUGCUUGGCUGCUUGGGCUACUUCAAGGAGGCUUUGGUCUUACUGGAUUUGAUGGAGUUGCGCACAUGAUCGAAGAGAUCCCGAACCCCUCAGUAGUAGGGCCUAAGAUUAUGAUCGGCUGCGUUGCUAUUGGCACUUUCACCGGCACCAUCUUCUUGAUUGUACUGCUCUUCGUUGCUGGUGACAUCAACAACGUCAUCAGCUCCGCAGCUACUCCCCUGCUUCAGAUCUUCUACGAUGCGACGAGGAGCAAUGCUGGAUCUAUCUGUCUUUUGAUUUUUCCCUUGGUCUGUGUCCUCUUCGCCGCUGUUACCAUCACGACGACAAGCAGCCGCAUGGUCUAUGCAUUCGCAAGAGACGGCGGUCUCCCGGCUUCGCCUUUCUUCAGCAAAGUUCAUCCGAGACUGCAAUUGCCCCUGAACGCGUUGUACCUGACUAGCUUCUUCUGCAUUGUCUUCGGAUGUAUCUUCCUCGGGUCUUCCAGUGCAUUUAAUGCUAUUCUCUCUUCGUCUGUGAUUCUGCUCGACAUUGCAUAUGCCAUUCCCAUUGCUGUGAAUUGCGCUCGGGGCCGGAAGAUGCUGCCUGAAAGACCUUUCGUUCUGCCCAGUAUCUUUGGCUGGAUUGCCAACAUAAUCUCCUUGUGCUACAUCACAAUGACCACUGUCCUCUUCGUUUUCCCGCCCGAUCGCAUCGUGACCGGCAGCAAUAUGAACUACUGCAUUGUUGUUGUUGGAGUAGUCAUGAUCUUGUCAGUCUUCCAAUGGAUUGUUGACGGUCGUAAGAACUUCUCCGGCCCCCGAAUGGACGUCGAUGUGAUUUCGGGACAGGUUGCCGCCGGUGGUGAACCUGCUAACUAUGCCGUGGAACAUGGUAUUCCCCAUGAUAAAUAA